AUGUAUCCCUGGCAGGCAGCUGCCCUGGAGUGUGGCGUGGAUGGCAGCAACCUGGUGUACUGCGCCCCAACAUCAGGAGGGAAGUCUCUCGUGGCAGAGGUGCUCAUGCUGCGGAGGCUGCUGGCCACUCGCAAGCCUGGAGCUAGGUUCACACGCAACAAGCAGUUUGCGCUGUUCGUGCUGCCAUACAUUAGUGUAGUUGCGGAGAAGACAGCAGAUUUCACCGACAUCCUGCGCUCGACAGGCUGCAAAUGCAAGGGCUUCUAUGGCAAUUCUGAGAAUGGGACACCCCUGCAGCCAGGGAGUGAGCCGAUCGCGGUUUGCACAAUUGAAAAGGCAAACGUGGCCAUCAACAGGCUUGUUAUGGAGGAUCGACUGGAUGAGUUGUGCUGCGUUGUGGUGGAUGAAGUGCACAUGCUGAACGACCAACAUAGGGGCCCAUCUCUGGAGCUGGCCAUCACCAAGAUCCUCCACUCCAAGCAUGCUCCCGCCAUCCAGAUCGUGGGCAUGUCUGCCACCAUGGGUGGCGUGGAUGCGCUGUCCAAGUGGCUCAGCUGCCGCCUCUUCCUGACCAACUUCCGGCCGGUGUCCUUGACAGAAUACGCCGUCUUCCAGGGCAACGUCUUCUCCAAGGGCAAGGCAGGGGAGGAUGAGUUGGUGCCGGUGCGCCAGCUGGCCGACAGCGAUGCGCGCGACCGGGAUCUGCUGCUGCCACUGGCUGCUGAGGUGGUGGCAGAGGCCGGCUCGGUGCUGGUCUUCUGCGCGUCCAGGAAGCAGUGCCAGAGCUGCGCCGAGAUGCUCGCCAACCUGCUGCCCAGCCACAUCCCAGCUAUUGCCGAGGUGCAGGAUGAGCUGGCGCAGGCGAUGCGCGGCGCGAUGGGCGGCUACGCGGACGCAACCUUGGAGCGGCUGAUGCGUGCGGGCGUUGCAUGGCACCACGCGGGGCUGACGCUGGAGGAACGUGCGCAUGUGGAAGCCGGCUACCGCGCCGGCACCAUCCGCGUGCUAUGUGCGACCUCCACGCUGGCGGCCGGCAUCAACCUGCCUGCGCGCCGCGUCAUCCUGCGCAGCCUAUGGCAGGCAAGGAGUCCCUUCAUAUCUGGGCCGGGGCCGGUGUCACGGGCGCAGUACCUGCAGAUGGUGGGCCGGGCCGGCCGCGCGGGAUACGCGGAGGCCGGCGAGAGCUACAUCAUC